AUGGUGGCAGCCCUGGAAAAUAUUCAAGGAGGACAAGUACCAGCACGGGGCAGGCGUUGGAAGGGGGCGUUUGCCCUGGAACCUGGCAAAGACUUUGGAGCUGUGCACCUGCCCGUGGAGUUGAAAAGCGAGUUUGGAAAGUUUUGGAGGCAUUCCCUGGACCCCACACUGGAUAAAAGUGGGGAUAGUAUUCAGCCUCGUGGAGACAGCAGUCGUACCAGCCACAAGAGGAGGCUGGAGGCUGUGACUGGCAGACCAACAGCCAGGCCACUCUUCCUGCUGCUGCUGCUGCUUCACCCAGAGGCCUCCUGGGGGAUGCCCAAGGCCAGGUGCCCCUGGAGCUGGGAAAGGGAUGAAGCUCACCCCCGGAAUUACUACAGGCCAGGAGACUAUGUCAUCAGUGCGGGCAUCUCUGCAGAGCGUGUACAAUUCGUGCCACACUCUUUCAACAAGCCAGCCUCUCAUGGAUGGCUUUGGGCAGGAAGCACUUAUUAUGAGAAGAUUCUCUCCUUCCUCUUUGCCAUUCAGGAGAUCAACCAGAAUCCCGGCCUCCUUCCUAACUUCUCCCUGGGCUACAAUGUGUACGACACCUAUAACGACGCCAGAAUGACUUCCGACGCAGCCGUAGACCUGCUCUCAGUGGGCCCAACCAAUGUUCCCAACUACAACUGUGGGAGGAAGAACCACUGGUUGGCUAUUCUUGAAGCACUGGACUCCGACAACUCUGUCCAGAUUUCGAACAUGUUGGGCAUCUACAAAUUCCCGCAGGUUGUUUAUGCCUUUGCUUCUCAGGUUCUGAGCGAUCAAACUCAGUUCCCUUUUCUCUUCCGGAUGGUCCCCAAAGAAGGGGUGCAGUACCUGGGGAUCGUCCAACUGCUGCGGCAUUUCAAGUGGACAAUGACAAAUAAAGGGACAAACUAUGAGGAUUCUGAAGAUUUCUUCUUAGAUAUGGAGGACUUUGUGAAUAUGUCAUUUAAUUGCUCGUAUUCUGAGCAUGUGACAUCAGUGAAGAUGUGGACAAGAUGCAGGGAAUCCCAGAAGCUGGAGUCCUUUCCCCAAGAAGACAGGGAGAGAGCCCUGUCCCUGGACAGCUACUUCUCUUACAGCACCGUCCAGGCAGUGGCCCAUGCCAUGGAUGCUGCCUUCUCCUCUAGAAUCAGGAAGGUGGAAAUGGAAGAUGCAGAGCAUUGCACCAAGUGCCCAGCCGAUCAGCAUCCAAACAAGGACCGAAAUCGAUGCAUCCCCAGGAUUAUCACCUUCCUGUCUCACGAAGGUUACCUAGGAGUCACCCUGGUUUCCUCGGCCCUGAUCCUAUCCUUUAUGACAGGAUUUGUGUUAGGAAUCUUCAUUAAGUUCCUGGAAACCCCCAUAGUGAGGGCCAACAACCGGGACCUCUCCUACAUUCUCCUUGUCUCCCUCCUGCUUUCCUUCCUGUCCUCCUUCCUCUUCAUCGGCCAGCCAAGGAAGGUGACCUGCCUCCUACGACAAAUGGCCUUCAGCAUCAUCUUCUCAGUGGCUGUCUCAUCUCUCUUGGCCAAGACCAUCACUGUGGUGCUGGCCUUCCUGGCCACCAAGCCUGGGAAUGUGGCAAGGAAGUGGCUGGGGAAGAGUUUGGCCAAUGCCAUUGUCAUCUCGUGUUCCAGUGUCCAAAUUCUCAUCUGCACCAUCUGGUUGGGGACCACUCCACCCUUCCCUGACUCUGACAUGCACUCCCAGGCAGGGCAAAUCAUCCUGCAGUGCAACGAAGGCUCUGUGGCCAUGUUCUACACUGCCCUUGGCUACAUGGGCUUCCUGGCUGCCAUCUGCUUCACAGUGGCCUUCCUGGCCAGGAAACUUCCUGGGUCCUUCAACGAGGCCAAGCUGAUCACCUUCAGCAUGCUGAUGUUCUGCAGCGUCUGGGUGUCCUUUGUGCCCACCUACCUCAGCACGAGGGGGAAGUACAUGGUGGCCGUGCAGGUCUUCUCCAUCUUGGCCUCCAGUGCUGGGCUGCUGGGCUGCAUCUUCCUCCCCAAGUGCUACAUUAUUCUAGUGAGGCCUGAUCUGAAUUCCAAGGAUCAUCUCAUGGUGAAAAGCAAAGCAUACAUUUGAUACGUAUUGCAACCCAUAUAUUCUUUUAUUUCUUUAUUUCUUUUGAUCUCAUUAGUGGUUUCUAUCAUUAACUAUUUUCACAUUUUUGCCCCUCUAAAAAUAUAGGAAGUCCUCCUGAGGACCCAGAGGUGGUAUGAAAGGUUUCCUUGAAAGUAUAAGUGCACAAGUCUCAGAAUCCAGUCCUGACACUCCUGC